UAAGAGCCCUCCCACCCACCUCCUGCUAGGGCCAAGGAGCGGGGAAAGCUGCCCGGAGCCGCCCCCUCUCAAAGCUGCACGCGGGGGAGCGAGCCUGGAACAAACCUCGCCUGAGCUUGUGGGCAGAGCCGGGAGCAGGGAAAGCUGGGAACAGAGAGAGGCAGCACACGCCGGCUGAGUCACCCCGAGCGUAUAAAACCAAGGCCGAGCAGCCGGAGCCGCUCCGAGCGCAGGCACGAGGCACCGGCACUUUUGGACAGGAAACAGAUCUUGCAAACUACGAGCACCUCUGAGAAGGAUGUUGUCACCCUUGCUCAUCCUCCCUCUGCUGCUGGGGACCACAGCACAUGGCCCGGUGAGCAGAGCAGCAUCCAGGGAUGUCACCACCUUUUUCCAGCUGGCUCAGGAGGACUCUUGGGAGAAUGUUAAUCUCACCAGCAUGUCCUGUGAGGAUCAGAGGAACAGGACCUGGAUCACCCUGCAGCUGACCAACAGCAGCCUGACAGCUUUCCCAGUCUGCCUCCCGGAGGCCCUGCAGACCCUGGAUCUCAGCAAUAACCUCUUGGAAGAGGUGAAUGGCACAGAGAUAGCGAACCUCCCACAGCUGCGUGUGCUCUCGCUGAGGCACAACCACCUCUGGUCAGUGAGGUGGGGAUCUGCAGCCCUCAGCAGUCUCCUCAAACUGGACCUGAGCUUUAAUAAGCUGUCAUCUGUGCCAUCCUGCCACGGCUCUGCCCUGCCUAACCUCAGGUGGCUGUCCUUGGCUGGAAAUCCCCUGAUUGAAAUCCAGCCCCUGGCUUUUUCCUGCUACCCUCAGCUGCAUGUCCUGAACCUCUCUGCAACACUGCUCGGGCAGGAUGACAGCAGAGGAAUUAGGGACUCUGCUUUUGCCAUCAGCACAGAUCCCAACGAGGCCAUGGACAGGCCUGGAAGCUCCAUCAAUGUGCUUGAUCUGAGCGGGACCUUUUUUGAGAAAAUUCAACCAGAGUGGGCCAGAGAUUUGGCCAACCUCAGUUCACUUCACCUGACAAACAUGCCACGGUUAAGAAGCCUCCACAGCAACUUCUUCGAGUCUCUGCCUGCUCUCCGAGAGCUGCACUGUCAGGACUCCCAUUCCCUGGGGUUCGUGCAGACAGAGAUGUUUGACAGUGCUCCUCAUCUGAGCCAUCUCUCAUUUGAGAACUGUAACCUGAGUUCCUUUAAUCCUUGGAACACCAGUUCAUCGGAUGGCAUCACCAUCAGCUUGUACGGGAAUCCUCUGCUGUGCAGCUGCCAGCUCUCCUGGCUGCUGUCCAAGCCCGAGAAAGUCGUUCUGCAAAAGGCUUGGGAGACUUUUUGCACAACCCAGGAAGAUCCAGGCAGACCUUCGACAUCUUUUUCACUGCUGGAGCUGUACGAUAAAUGCCAGUCAGAGAGCAACAUUACACAGCCCGACUCAAACACAGCCCUUCCCCAUCGUGGUGCUUUCAACUUCACCAGUGAUGAUGCCUCUGCUGUAGCAACAGACUCAGCUCUGCUGACCACAGAUGUGACUCACACCAGCUCCCUAAUCCAGAGGGAUGCAAGGAGCACUGCAUCAUCCAAGCCAACGCUAACCAAAGGCACCCAUACCAGCUCCCUAAUCCACAGGGAUGUGAUGAGCACGGCAACAUCCAACUCAAUGCCAACUAAAGAAACCUAUACCAACUCCCUAAUCCACAGGGAUGUGAUGAGCACAGCAGCAUCCAACUCAAUGCCAACUAAAGACACCUAUACCAGCUCCCUAAUCCACAGGGAUGUGAUGAGCACGGCAACAUCCAACUCAAUGCCAACUAAAGAAACCUAUACCAACUCCCUAAUCCACAGGGAUGUGAUGAGCACAGCAGCAUCCAACUCAAUGCCAACUAAAGACACCUAUACCAGCUCCCUAAUCCACAGGGAUGUGAUGAGCACGGCAACAUCCAACUCAAUGCCAACUAAAGAAACCUAUACCAGCUCCCUGAUCCACAGGGAUGCAAGGAGCACAGCAACAUCCCAUCCAAUGCUAACCAAAGACACCUAUACCAGCUCCCUAAUCCAGAGGGAUGCAAGGAGCACGGCAGCAUCCAACCCAACGGAGCCCAUCCUAACAAAUGCCAACAGUUCCUCCCAUGAGGAAGAGGCAGUUACUGAAUCCACAAGCAGUCCCCCUUCCUUGGCAUCUGUAACCUCCUUCCCAGUUUUUCUCCAAGAGCUCUUUGCUCAGUCCCCAGACCACAGCUCCACAAGUCCAGCUGGAACAGAACAGCUACAGAGAGGGCUCAGAACAACCAGCACGACAUUGCCCCGGGAAGGGCCAUUAAACCAGACCACCAGUGAUUAUUCCACCAGAGGAACAGGAGUCCCCCACACCACCAACCACCACACUCACUCCGUUGCCACCCAUGCCAGGGAAGGUGCCCCCAGAACGAGCCCCCCACAGCUGGGCUCCACAAGGAGCAGUGCCCACUCAGAGCCUGUGCCCAGCACACCAUCACCACACUACACGGAUGACUACGACUACGAAGAACACCCGAAGGAGGGAGCCCCGGUGCAAACGGCCCAGGUCGCCUGUGACUACAAUCCCUGCAGGCACCUGCAGAAGCCGUGCAGGGAACUCCAGAACAUAUCCCAGUGUUCAUGCCCUGGCACAUCGAGGGAAGAUGAGAUUCCAGACCCACCCAGGCUCAGAGAGGUGAUUGAAAUCACUGACAGCUCUGCACAGAUACGCUGGUGUGCCCCAUACUCAGUUGUUCACAGCUAUGAGCUGAUGCUUCGUGCCCAAGACAACGAGGACAGGCACUUUGUCAUGGACAACAUCUACCCCACGGCCAGGCAGUACACUCUGUACAACCUGCUGCCAUUCACCACUUACCAUAUCUGUGUGACUGCCUCCAACAAAGCAGGGUCAAGCCAGACAACAGGCCAGGAAAUUCCAGGUAAUUCGUGCACCAGCUUUACAACAAAGCCCAGCUACAAGUAUGUUUUUGCUGGUCUGUCUGCAGCAAGUGGACUCUUUCUCAUUACCACAAUUAUUUUGUCUGUAUGUCUGUGUAAGGCAUGUAAAAAGCCUCAGAGUGAGCAGUAUGGCACACACUUAGUCUCCUACAAGAACCCAGCAUUUGAUUAUCCCUUAAAACUACAAACCACUAAUUAGCUCUGGGUGAUUGUUCUACGCAUUCAAAGUUCACUAUCUCCAUCACCUUGGUGUGUUUUUGUGAGACUCUGAAAGUGUCCUUCAGCAAAACUGUGAACCAUCAGAUUCCAUAACCCUGAUGUUUCUAAGGGAGAGAAAACUACAAAAAAAAAAAGAGAAAAACUAAUAAUGAAGGUAGUCAACCAGAAAAAGUCUUUGGACUCCUGUUCCUGUGCUAAGCAGCAGCAAGCCUGGACACUAACCUUGAAAAGCUGUUUUUGUAAUCACCUACAAAUAGAGUAGCAUAAAUUUCACACAGUGAGAGGCUGCCUGGCCAGCUGUCUGCCUCCAGUACCUCCCAUGAUCACAGUCAGAUGGGAGCUGCAAUCCAAGGUGCAUUAAGCUUAGCAAGAUGUACUCUGCUUUUAUUCACAGAGCAAAGCUGGGGGUUCCAUUUUUUAAAGGUAUUAUCCAUAGAGUACAGCUGAAAGGAGUGAGUGGGCUCAGUGACAAGGUGCUGUGCAGAUCUAACUCCUCUAAGUAAAUGCAGUGGAUGCAGAUGAUCAACCUAACUUCAGUUCAGGGAAAAGAAACAUGAAAUUUAAUUAUAGUCACAGAUUGUGCAGGAUCCUUAGGGCAGGGGUAAUUGUUUGUUCUGACUUUUUAUGAGGCUGUCCACAAGUGAGCCUCCCAAGUGCUUCCCCAAAACAAGCUCACAGGCAGUGGGGGGUUGCAGUACAGCAGUGACACACAGAAGCGGGGAGGGGAGCACGUUAACAUUUGAUUCCCAGUGGAUUUUAAGCAGAGAGGAUGUUCCGUCCCAUCUACAGAUUUAGCAGCUGAUGAUUUACCUCAUACAGAGGCAAAAAGCCAAGUAAUGAAGCAAUUUAAUGCACGUGCUGCUGAGGCCUGAAAAACCCAAAUCCCCUGCACUAGCAGACAGUUCCGCAGACACCUUUCAAGUGAACUCUUGGGUGCCAAUUUCUGUACAAUAAUAGUAAGAAAUGCUGACAAUCCCAACUUUGAGCUUGCCAUUGGAAUCCAAAGAGGUGUCCCAAUGUGAUGUUUCCCCAUAGGCUUCAGUUCCAGGAGCUGCCUGUUUCUGCUGCUGUACAGACUCAGUGCAUAAAACCCCCUGAACUCUGAGGGGAAGGUGCUGUAGUGUGUGAAAGAGUCUCUGUUCCAUUCUCUUGGGGUUUUUAAUGCUUUCAGUAUUACUGAAAUAAAAGCCACAGAGCUACGUUCUGGUUUUUUAUUAAAGACAUGGAUCUUGGUGUUGUCUUUACCAUCCACAAUGUUUAGCCUGAAAAAUUAACUCCAUUUGUUGUUUUGAAAUGAACUUUCAACAUGUAGUAAAGAAACGUUUUUAUCAUG